AUGUCUAAACGAGAUAUCGCACUCGACUUACACAAGCCGGUGAGGAGAAAUUAUAUUCGACGUACGGUCAAUGUUUAUGGUAAAAACGACUUAUGGCAAGCUGACUUGGUUGAAAUGAUACCAUAUUUAAAACAAAAGGAUAUAAAUAUAUAUUAUGUGUAAUAGACUGCUUUACAAAAUAUGUAUGGGCCGUACCUUUGAAAUCAAAAACUGGAAAAGAAGUCACAAAAGCAAUGUCCGAUAUAUUAACUUAUCGCUCACCAAUGUUAUUGCAACUUGAUAAUGGAAAAGAAUUUUACAAUUUAUCGUUCGAUACUUUAAUGGCUAAACAUAAUGUUAAAAAAUACUCUACGUUUAGUACUACUAAAGCAUUUAUCGUAGAACGGUUUAACCGUACUCUAAAAGGAAAUAUGUUUAGAGCUUUUACCGCAAACGGAUCUCGCGAAUGGGUUUCUAUAUUACCACAGUUGAUUGAGAAAUAUAUCAGUUCAAAACAUCGGACUACCGGGAUGACACCGAUACAGGCUGAUCAAAAUCCGUCAUCUGUGAUGUUAAAUCAACGUAGUAUACCUGUUAGAAAGAAAAAAUUCAUAGUCGGUGAUAAAGUACGAGUUAGCGUAAAUAAGGGCGUGUUUACAAAAGGCUAUUUACCCAAUUGGUCUACGGAAGUUUUUACUGUUGUAAAAAUAAAUAAUACAUUACCGUUUACAUAUCGGUUAGAAGAUUACAAAGGAAACCCGAUAAUCGGCUGUUUUUAUACAGAAGAAAUAAAUAAAACCUCCUUUCCGCACGAUUAUUUAGUUGAAAAAAUAGUACGCAGAAAUGGUGAUCGUAUACUCGUUAAAUGGCUAGGUUUCGAUAGCUUGCACAAUAGUUGA